UAUCUACGGACCAUAUCCAUCAAAAAUCAAAGAAGUCUAGCUACAAAAAUUGAAACUGAUGGAAAGUGACUUAAUUAUUCGGCACAAAACAUGGAGCUAAGCAAAAGAAGCCGAGAACUAUUUACUAUUUAGUGGAGCUUAUAUCAUCUCGAUGAUUCAGACAAAAGCACAGAAACGAAAGAGGACACAGAAAAGAAAACAAAAAAAAUAAAACAUGAAAGUUGAGCUUGUCUUCAUCCCUUUAGUUGCAACCGGGCAUCUCAGAUCAGCCGUGGAGAUGGCUAAGCUACUAGUUGAGCAAGAGACCCGCCUCUCUAUCUCCGUAAUCAUCCUUCCUGGAGGCGAAGUGGGUGUUCUCUCCGCCCCACCUAACGACCGCCUCCGCUACGAAGUCAUUACCGACGAAGAUCAACCAAACUUCGAUCCGGCGAGGCCUGAGUUCCAUAUAGAGUAUCACGUACCAAAAGUGAGAGACCUCGUUGAAAAACUCGUCAACGACUACUCAACGAAACCAGAUUCGCCGAAGGUCGCUGGGGUGGUCGUCGACAUGUUUUGCACGUCCAUGGUAGACGUGGCUAACGAGCUAGGUGUUCCGAGCUACUUGUUUUACACUUCGAGCGCAGGGAAUCUCGGACUUAAACUUCACAUCCAGAUGUUGUACGAUGACAACAAGUACGAUAUAACCGAAAGUGAUUUUGAAGACACAUCAGAUGAUGUGCUGGACGUUCCUAGCUUGACUCGUCCGCUUCCGGUGAAGUGCCUUCCUCACGCUUACGCAUCUAAACAAUGGCUCCCACUGUUUGUUAACCAAGCAAGAAAAUUCAGAGAGAUGAAGGGUAUUUUGGUAAAUACUGUUGCUCAGUUGGAACCAUAUGCGUUAAAGUUUUUAUCGAGUGGUUGUGAUACUCCUCCUCCUUAUCCAGUAGGACCACUGUUGCAACUCGAGAACGGAGUUGGAGUUGGUGAUUCCAAGGACGAGAAGCAAUCAGAGAUUUUAGGGUGGCUUGACAAGCAACCAAACAGAUCAGUAGUGUUCCUCUGCUUCGGAAGCAUGGGAGGCUUCCGUGAGGAACAAGCAAGAGAAAUCGCCAUCGCCCUAGAACGAAGCGGCCACCGUUUCUUGUGGUCUCUCCGUCGUGCAUCUCCCAAUAUAUUCAAAGAACCUCCAAGAGAGUUUACGAAUCUUGAAGAAGUUCUCCCGGAGGGGUUCUUUGAUCGGACAAAGGAGAGAGGAAAAGUGAUCGGAUGGGCUCCGCAGGUGGCCGUGCUAGCUAAUCCGGCGGUUGGAGGUUUCAUUACUCACGGUGGGUGGAAUUCGAUCCUCGAGAGUCUUUGGUUCGGUGUUCCCACGACGCCAUGGCCGUUAUACGCGGAACAGAAGUUCAAUGCAUUCGAGAUGGUGGAUGAGCUUGGUCUAGCUGUGGAGAUAAGAAAGUAUUGGCUAGGUGAUCUUAUUGCGGGAUCGGGAAAGGAGACGGUUUUGGUGACAGCAGAGGAGAUACAGAGGGGAAUCAUGUGUCUAAUGGAGCAGGAUAGUGAGGUGAGGAAGAGAAUGAAAGAGAUGAGUGAGAAAUGCCAAGUGGCUUUGAUGGAUGGUGGAUCGUCUCAAACUGCGUUGCAAACGUUUAUUCAAGACGUUACGAAGAAUAUUUCUUAACAUGAUCGUAGCUAGGGAAAUGGCUCAUGUAACGCUCUUGAAUGAUAGGCAUGUCUUUUAUGUUUGUGAUGGAUCCUUUGAACGGUCAUGAGAAAACAAUGUUUCUAGAGUUUGUGAUUUAUUAUGUGUUCAGUAAGUAUGCACCUGAAUGCUAUUAGAGCAUGGGCAUUGGUGUCCCUCAGAUUUUCAAGUAAUCAUUAAACUUUUUAUUGAAA